GGCGCCAGCGGCUGCUUCACGAGUGGGUAGAGAGUUCCUCCGUGCUGUUCCCGGUGUUGCGGUGCUGGGUUGUGCGACUGUGACUCGAGCCUGUUUCAGCCUCGUUCUUCUGGUCUCUGUUCGGCCCUCAGUUUCCUUUGGAUGAACUUGCGUCCUUUCUCUAAUCCGCCAUGGAAUUCUGCUCCGUGCUUUUAGCCGUCCAGAGCCAAAGAAACCCCAGACAACAGACGCUCAAACGCAGCGUAUAGCAGUAACUCCCCAGCUCGGUUUCUGUGCCGUAGUUUACAGUAUUUAAUUUUAUAUAAUAUAUACUAUUUAUUAUAGCAUUUUUUGAUACCUCAUUCCGUUUACACAUCUUGAAAGCCGCUCAGUAAUUCUCGUAUUAUUUAAAGAACCACUACACUACAGGAUGGCAUCUACCCUGGCCCCGAUUACUAGUACUCUAGCUGCUGUUACUGCUUCUGCUCCACCGAAGUAUGACAAUCUGUGGAUGCUCAUCCUGGGCUUCAUCAUUGCAUUUGUCUUGGCAUUCUCCGUGGGAGCCAAUGAUGUAGCAAAUUCAUUUGGUACAGCUGUAGGCUCAGGUGUAGUGACCCUGAAGCAAGCCUGCAUCCUAGCUAGCAUCUUCGAAACUGUGGGCUCCGCCUUGCUGGGGGCCAAAGUGAGUGAAACCAUCCGGAAGGGCUUGAUAGAUGUGGAGAAGUACAACGCAACUCAAGAUCUGCUCAUGGCUGGCUCUGUCAGUGCUAUGUUUGGUUCUGCUGUGUGGCAACUAGUGGCUUCGUUUUUGAAGCUUCCUAUUUCUGGGACCCAUUGUAUUGUCGGUGCAACCAUUGGUUUCUCCCUUGUGGCAAAGGGACAAGAGGGUAUCAAAUGGUCCGAACUGAUAAAAAUUGUGAUGUCUUGGUUCGUCUCUCCACUGCUUUCUGGUAUUAUGUCUGGAAUUUUAUUCUUCCUUGUUCGUGCAUUCAUCCUCCGUAAGGCAGAUCCAGUUCCUAAUGGCUUACGAGCUUUACCCAUUUUUUAUGCCUGCACAAUUGGAAUCAACCUCUUUUCCAUUAUGUAUACUGGAGCACCAUUGCUGGGCUUUGACAAACUUCCUCUGUGGGGUACCAUCCUCAUCUCGGUGGGAUGUGCAGUUUUCUGUGCCCUUAUCGUCUGGUUCUUUGUAUGUCCCAGGAUGAAGAGGAAAAUUGAACGAGAAGUAAAGUCUAGUCCCUCUGAAAGUCCCUUAAUGGAAAAGAAGAACAACUUAAAAGACCAUGAAGAAACAAAGAUGGCUCCUGGCGAUGUUGAGAAUAGGAAUCCUGUGUCUGAGGUAGUAUGUGCCACUGGCCCACUACGGGCUGUGGUGGAGGAGAGAACGGUGUCAUUUAAACUCGGUGACCUGGAGGAAGCUCCGGAGCGAGAGCGGCUUCCCAUGGACCUGAAGGAGGAGACCAACAUAGAUGGUACUAUCAAUGGUGCAGUGCAGUUGCCUAAUGGGAACCUUGUUCAGUUCAGUCAAACCGUCAGCAACCAGAUCAACUCCAGUGGCCACUAUCAGUAUCACACCGUGCACAAGGAUUCUGGCUUGUACAAAGAGCUGCUCCAUAAGCUACAUCUGGCCAAGGUGGGAGACUGCAUGGGAGACUCUGGGGACAAGCCCUUGAGACGCAACAACAGCUACACAUCCUACACCAUGGCAAUAUGUGGCAUGCCCCUGGAUUCCUUCCGUGCCAAAGAAGGGGAACAAAAGGGAGACGAAAUGGAAACGCUGACUUGGCCUAAUGCAGAUACCAAGAAGCGGAUUCGGAUGGACAGUUACACCAGUUACUGCAAUGCUGUGUCUGACCUUCACUCAGAGUCUGAGAUGGACAUGAGUGUUAAGGCAGAGAUGGGUCUGGGUGACAGAAAAGGAAGCAGUGGCUCUCUUGAAGAAUGGUAUGAUCAGGAUAAGCCUGAAGUGUCCCUUCUCUUCCAGUUUCUGCAGAUCCUUACAGCCUGCUUUGGGUCCUUUGCCCAUGGUGGCAAUGACGUCAGCAAUGCCAUCGGCCCUCUGGUUGCUUUGUAUCUUGUUUAUGAAACGAGAGAUGUCACUACAAAAGAGGCAACACCCAUAUGGCUUCUGCUUUAUGGUGGUGUUGGCAUUUGCAUGGGGCUAUGGGUUUGGGGAAGAAGAGUUAUCCAGACUAUGGGGAAGGACCUGACACCAAUCACACCCUCCAGUGGUUUCAGUAUUGAACUGGCAUCUGCCUUCACUGUGGUCGUCGCAUCAAACAUUGGCCUUCCCAUCAGCACAACACAUUGUAAGGUGGGCUCUGUGGUGUCUGUUGGCUGGCUCCGAUCCAAGAAGGCUGUUGACUGGCGACUGUUUCGAAACAUUUUUAUGGCCUGGUUUGUCACCGUCCCUAUUUCUGGGGUUAUCAGUGCUGCUAUCAUGGCAGUGUUCAAGCACAUCAUUCUGCCGGUGUGAAGCUGAGCUCAGAAUUGUGUCAGUGUCUGGGACCAUCGCACACACCCCUGUUCCUAAAGAAUGCUCAGUGUUGCUGAAGAUAGGCCAGGGUUUUAAAGUGGGGGAGCUGUGGGAAGGAAGUGUAAUUUAUACUAUAAUUGCUUUUGUGCUAAAUAUGACUUAUCUCAAAAUUAGCUGUGUAAAAUAGCCAGGUUUCCAUUGAUUCAUUCUAAGGUCCCUUUUCUCCUGGGCUAUGACUUCCUGUACAUAUUUCUCUACUUUUGUAUCAGGCAUCAAUUCCAUUAUGUUUUAAUGUCGUCUGUGAGAUAACUUAAUGUGGAUUCUUUUUAAACAGCCAAGCAGAGCCAUUUGAUGGCAUAUACUGCUUUGUUGGCCUCACCAGCUUCUUCCCCAGCGUGCACAGGGAUUUAACAAACAUGUAACUGAAGCUUCCCUUGUAGUCUCUCAUAGAAAUAGUCACGGCACUCUGCUCCCUGUCACUAGUGGCAGGUUCUGUUGACAUGUGACAACUUCUUAGAGGGCCGAGAAUCUUUGGCACAGUGAAAAUUUAAGUUUGUAGUAACUUCUUUGCAAACAGUUCGUGGACGUGUUGCUAAGAAGUAGGAAGACAAAGCCUGGUGGUUGUGGUUAUUCUUUUGAGAUUUCUGGCAGUGUGGGAUGGGUGAAUGAAGUGGAAUGGGAACUUUGGGCAAAUUCAAUGGGACAGCCUUCCAUGUUCAUCUGUCUACCUCUUAACUGAAUAAAAAGCCUACAGUUUUUAGAAAA